GGAGCGAUCGCGGGGCUCAGGCCCGGCCGCGGGAAGUGACUCGCAGCCGCUGCGGCGACUCUGGCUCCCGGCGAGAUCCCCGAGCCCCGGCGGCUGGUGCUGGGAGCCCGGAGCCCUGGCUGCAGCCGGGAGAGGGGAAUCUCCAGCCGGGCCCUUCCCGCGGCUCCCCGGGAGCCUCCCCCAGGGCAGAGCCCCCAGCCCGGCCAGGGCCCCCUUCCCGGCCCGGCCCCUGCCCCGGGGGGGCCCGCUCGGAGGGAAGGCUGAAGAAUCACAUCUACAGUUUGCUCCAGAUUGUCCCGUCUUCCAGGAGACGACGAAGGGAAAUGGCUGUGAUGGAGCCAGUUCAGAUGCUGAUGACCUUCGAGGAGGUGGCUGUGUAUUUCACACAGGGGCAGGGGGCUCUGCUGGACCCCGCUCAGAGAGCCCUCUACAGGGACGUCAUGCAGGAGAACUACGAGACGGUGACCUCGCUCGGAUUUCCCAUUCCCAAACCUGAUCUGAUCACCCAGCUGGAACGAGGGGAGGAGCCGUGGGUUCCAGAUCUCCAGGCCUGCGAGGAAAGAGAGAUCCUGAGAGGCACCCACACAGCAGGUGAUGAGCGAGGGAGUGAGAACGAGGAGGGAAAUCAUCAUGAGGAUGUUCCGGGGGAAGUGGAAUCACAAAGGACCUUUGUGGGAAGAUCUGAAGGGAAUUUUUCCCAGUGCUUGGAACAGGGAGAAGCCUGGGGAAAUUGGCACAGGUCAGAGAAGUUGCUGGGAAACCACCCAAGGAAGAAAGUGGAUGAAUCUAUUAUAUAUGGGGGAGAAGACAAGGAUCCCACAGCCCAGCAGACAAAUCCCAAGGAAAAGAAACCCUUCCAUUGCCUCCAGUGUGGGAAAGGAUUUAUUCUGAGAUCACAGCUUGUUACACAUCAAACAAUCCAUAACAGCUCAGACUUCAAUACCCAUGGGAGAAUCGACAUGGGAGAGAGACGUUAUCAAUGCCUCAAGUGUGGCAAAUGUUUUAAUUGGACGUCAGCACUUAUUACACAUCAGGCAACCCACAUGGGAGAGAGACCCCAUAAGUGCUUGGAGUGUGGGAAAAGCUUCAGUAACAGCUCAAAUCUUACUAAACAUCGGAGAAUCCACAUGGGAGACAGACCCUAUAAAUGCCUUGAGUGUGGAAACUGUUUCAGUCAGAAGACCACCCUUAUUAUGCAUCAGAAAACCCACACAGGAGAGAAACCCCAUAAGUGCUUGGACUGUGGGAAAAGUUUCACACAGAGGUCAGACCUUGUUAGACAUCAGGCAAUCCACACAGGAGAGAGACCCCAUAAGUGCUUAGACUGUGGGAAAAGUUUCAUACGGAAGUCAGACCUUGUUAAACAUCAGGCAAUCCACACAGGAGAGAGACCCCAUAUGUGCUUGGACUGUGGGAAAAGUUUCACACGAAGCUCAUCCCUUCUUCAACAUCAGGGAAUCCAUACAGGAGAGAACCCCCAUAAGUGCUUAGACUGUGGAAAAAGUUUCAUAUGGAGGUCAGACCUUGUUAAACAUCAGGUAUUCCACACAGGAGAGAGACGCCAUAAGUGCUUAAACUGUGGAAAAAAUUUCAUUCAGAGGUCAGACCUUGUUAAACAUCAGACAAUCCACACAGGAGAGAGACCCCAUAAGUGCCUGGACUGUGGGAAAUGUUUCAUACGGAGGUCUGACCUUGUUAAACAUCAGGCAAUCCACACAGGAGAGAGACCCCAUAAGUGCUUGGACUGUGGGAAAAGUUUCAUAUGGAGGUCAGACCUUGUGAAUCAUCAGGCAAUCCACACAGGAGAGAGACCCCAUAAGUGCUUGUACUGUGGAAAAAGUUUCAUACGGAGAUCAGCCCUUGUUAAUCAUCAGGCAACCCACACUGGAGACAGACCCCAUAAGUGCUUGGACUGUGGAAAAAGUUUUAUUCGGAAGUUUGACCUUGUUAAACAUCAGUCAUUCCACAUAGGAGAGAGACCUCAUAAGUGCUUGGACUGUGGGAAAAGUUUCAUACAGAGGUCAGAUCUUGUUAAACAUCAGGCAAUCCACACAGGAGAGAGACCCCAUAAGUGCCUGGACUGUGGGAAAAGUUUCAUACGGAGAUCAGCCCUUGUUAAUCAUCAGGCAACCCACACAGGAGAGAGACCCCAUAAGUGCUUGGACUGUGGGAAAAGUUUCACUUGGAAAUCAGCCCUUGUUUUACAUCAGAAAAUCCACACAGGAGAAAGCCCCCAUAAGUGCUUAGACUGUGGAAAAAGUUUUAUAUGGAGGUCAGAGCUUGUUAAACAUCAGGUAAUCCACACAGGAGAGAGACCCUACAAGUGCUUAGACUGUGGGAAAAAUUUUGUACGGAGGUCAGACCUUAUUAAACAUCAGGCAAUCCACACAGGAGAGAGACCCUACAAGUGCUUAGACUGUGGGAAAAAUUUCAUACGGAGGUCAGACCUAAUUAAACAUCAGGCAAUCCACACAGGAGAGAAGCCUCACAAGUGUUUGGAAUGUGGAAAAUGUUUCACACACAGAUCACAUCUUCUAGCACAUCAUAGGAUCCACACAGGAGAGAGGCCCCAUAAGUGCUUGGACUGUGGGAAAAGUUUCACAAACAGAUCAGCCCUUGUUUCACAUCAGAGAAUCCACACUGGAGAGAGACCCCAUAAGUGCUUGGACUGUGGGAAAAGUUACACACAGAGAUCUCACCUCACUAAACAUGAGAGAAUCCACACAGGAUCUAAACUUCUGUGACACAUGACCAGAAAGGGUUAAGCUACUUGCAGGCUAAUUGACCCAGAUUCAACCUUUAGACACAUGUUAGAAAUCUUUGUAAAUAGUAAUUAGGGCCAUUCCCCAUUAGAUAAGGUAGAGCUUUGAAAUGUAAACUUUUAUGGUUAAAGAACUGGAAGAAGAUAAUAAUUGUACUAGUUAUGUUUACUUACAUUUUGUUAGAGGUUAACAGUGUAACCAAAGGGCUCCUGUCUAGGGCUGUAUUUUGUUCAAUCUGAGAUGGAAAGGAAAUAUUAACAAAUAGAUAAAACUUGGGUGUAAUAAUGUCAUUGUCUACAUGUCUCUGUAAAGUUUCUGGAAAACUGUCUAUUAACUGCUUUAUGGAUAUUUACCUUAUUUUAAUCCAUGUAAUUAAUUACCUUAUGUUUAGGAAAUAGAAGGUUACUUGAAAAGCCUAUUGAUGAAAACCUGAUGAAAGGUUUUUGAAACAGACUCUUUGCAAUUCUAAUGCACCAUCUCAACAGUGAAACUGACCUAAGGACGCUAUUCAUCUCUGCAUGAUCUUUGCCCAUGCACUCUCUCUUUUCUUGUUGUAAGAAAUCUUAGUUUAGUUACAUGCUGACAGCCACUUCCUGUUAUUUAGGUCAGAACUGAAGAAAUCAUUAAGUUGCUGGGUGAUGUGUCUGAUCCUUUGCGAUUGGUAGAACGUUUUAUAUGACGAAGAAGAUUUUCAGCAGUCCCCAUCAUGUUUAGGGAGCCAUCCCAAGGCUGGGUUGCUUUAAGGGAGCUGUUCUUUGGCCUCUGUGUAGCAGUAAGGUUUUGUAGAAGCUCCUUUGUUGCUGGUUUGGUGAAUCUAAGUAUUGGAAUAGCCACCAGUUUUGAGGAUUGUCAGCCCCAUUCUUUGCAAUUUGCCCUAAUUGAGCAAUCUCUGUGUGCCCUCUCCGCACCCCCCUGGACCCUGGUCUCAACUUCAUAAAUGCCUUGCCUGUGGGUAAAGUUUCAUUCAGCUACUGCACCUCAUUAAGCAUGAGAGAAUCCACAAAGGUGUGAGAGUCCCUCGGAAUUGGGGAGCUGGGGCUAUUGGGGAUCAUGGGAUAAGAGGCGAGGGAGAGCACCGGGGUAGAGAGGUGCUGCCUCUCCUCACUCUCCCCGUCUGCCCCUUCUCCCUGCCCCCUCAGCAUUCAGACAAAGCCACUGAGAGGGGCUUGUUCAGAGCUGGAAGACCGUAUAUCUACUUGUGAGAUUGGGGGGGUUUAAAUGACGACAGACACAAAUAAGGGGGACCUGAUGAAAGAAAUUUGAGACCCACUGGUCUACGCUAUUAUGGUCACCACUAUUACAAAAUGAUGAUAAAUCUUGUACAAAGUACAAGCCCUGUGAGGUGUCCUAUGGAAAGUGAUGGUCUCCUGCAUAUUUUUGUCCUGUUAAAUCGUGUGCAUCCACAUUGUGUUUGGAGGUAUGAGAUUUUGUUAUGGGUUUGUUACUGAACCAUGCUGGAAAUCUGGAAAAUGCCCACAGACUAGUCCUCAGAGCCAGUUGCUAAGUGGCCAUUAAUUGCUUAGCUGGCCAUUCAGCAGCAGGAGUGGGGGAUUGGGAACUAGAAAUUUUAAUUCACCCGAAGGAUGGCUGAAAGCUCACAAAUGCCACAGCACAGACUGUUGGUCACUAUGAGAGUUUUCUCUAUGUUUGCAAAGCUGGAAAACAUCCACAGACUAGCUGCUCAGAGACAAUGGUACUGGCACACCAGCUAGGUGCCAAGUGGCCAUUUAUUGCUUAGCCGGCCAUUCACCAGCUGUGGAGCUGUGAACAAGAGAGUUACAAUUCACCGGAAGAAUGGCUGGACGCUCACUUAGGCCACAGACUGGUUGUCACCUGCCCCCCAGCUGUGGGGUGAACCUCAAAGAGAAGAAUCAAAGUACAAGGGAGAAUUGCCUCCAUUUUUACCUCUCCUCUCCCAUCUUUACAGAAGGUAACAAGAUGGCUUGAAAGGCAACAGGGGCCUUGGACUGGGAAGGAUGGACCAAGGAGGAAAGGAAAUCCAGCCUGGGUCCUAAGAACUGUGAACUGCCUGCAACAUUGGGUGGGGUGAGAAAAGCUGUUUCCUUCCAAUCUUCCUUAGCGUGGUAAAGUUUGGGAUUUAAAAUGUAUGUUUACCUUUUAUUUUUGUUGUAACCAAUUCUGAUCUUUUCCUCCUUUCUCACUUGUGAUCCCUUAAAACCUACCUGGCUCUAGUUAAUAGACUUGUUUUUAUCCUAACCGGUGUGUUUUCAUUUAAGUGUUCGGGGGAUUUCACUUGAGAUAACCAGACUGUUUCCUAAUCACCAUCCUUUGUUGGGAUAAGGAACUAAUGAGCUUGUAUCCCACAAUUGAUACCAGUCAGCUUUGUGUUCUUUGGGAAUCACGGCGCAGUAUCCAACCUGCCUGACUCAUGAAAGGAUACCCCCCCACACCAGCCUCUGCUUCAACCAAAACCAAUCAGAGAAAAGAUUUGCAGAGGGCAGUGAAGGGUGGGGGGACACACAUCGACCCCUCCUGACAAGAUUAAGGCAACUUCCCUAGCCUCAUCUGCAUGAAAGGAGGGACAGGGAGGCAUAGCAUACAGAAUGGAGACCAGAGAUUCCAACGCAAGAACCGCACUGAACUCUGGGACCAGAAAAGCAGGGAAGCACUGCAUCAUGGGGGAUCUCUGCUCCAUAUAUUAAUGAUCCUACACCUGCACGCACCCAGCUCAGUAGUUAUCGGACCAAUUCUAGUAAUAAAUCCUUGACUGAUAUCCAAAAUACUGAAGCAGCCUAAUUGCAAUGUGAGCUCCUUGGAAAAAACACCACCCAUAGCCAAGAGGGAUCAGCUCUUAUUGUCUAGCCUAAAGAAAAUGCUUGAGUCAUCAGUUUACCCAUAAACAAAUCUAGUGUUUUCCCUUGAACCAUUGUAUUUUUCCUACAAAAACUCCUACUCACAUUCCAGUAAGUGUUCUGAUGCAUGGAUCCAAUCUCUGCAACAGUUCCACUGGGACGCCAUCUUUUCCUGACUGAUCGUGCUGGGGCCUCUGCCUGUUUCCAGCACUCAGGACCCUGUGCUACCACCCUCACCUGGGAACCGCGACCAGUUCAAGUUUCAUGGAAAUGGUGAGAUUCUCUCUCUCUCUCUCUCUCUCUCUCUCCAUUUUCUUUUUUACUUCAGCCAGGUAUAGUUUUCUGUAUAUAACUUUUGUAGCCUUUAAUAAUGUAACUGUCAUGUUUGUUUAGGCUCUCCUUGUGUAGUUAUCACUAUUAUUCAAUAAAUAACUUUUAUGGUUAA